CCUUCACAGCAUCAGGUUCUGCGUUUGGCUGAAUUAGUUAGACUUUGAGGAAGUCACCGAGGGUAACUAAUGCAAUAACAGGUGGAAAGAAAAUGUAGACACACAGCACGGGAGCCUCUAAAUUAUCUUCGCAGUUUUAUCCCUGCACGGGAACGGCAUUUUUAAACUUCAUGUAGUACUUUAUGCUAGCUAGCCAACGAAGCUAACGCCGACGUCUCAACGUUAACUUCUGUCAACUUUUUCAGCCAGCGAGUUUAAUCUGCUACUUAACUGCCAGUCGAAAUGGAGGAGUGUCGUCGGUCACCCAGCUUGUCUCGAUGAAUAUUUUACACACGAAACUCUCGGAUUUACUCGGCUAAAGGCUGACCUAAACUUUCUUGGAGGUUUCCUUCUGGUUUGUGUCGGUUUUUUUUCCACUGGCAGCAGCCGAGCGCUUGCCAGGCGUCGGUUUAGGAACAUCACCGAGAGGGCGGACAUAAACAAUGUUCUCUGUCAAACCCUUGAAACCAACCUUCAAGUGUUAUCUUCCACCUGUACAGACUGAUGUGAAGAGAACUAUUGAACCACCUAUUAAAAAAUUGGAGCCUAAGUUACUUCCAGGGGAGAUAGUAGUUAAUGAGGUGAACUUUGUGAGGAAGUGCAUCAGCACUGAAAGCAGCCAGGAUGACUUUUGGGGGAAGUUGAUAUGCACCAACUUUAAGGUCUCCUUCAUUCCUCAGGAUGCCCCACCUAAACAGAGGUCCCAGUUGUCCCACCUGCUGCUUGGAGAACACGACAUUCCCCUGACCUGUUUGGAACAAGUAGUAACAGUGAAUGAUACAAAGGGGAAGAAGAAAGUGCUGGGGUCAAACCAGAAGCUGAAGUUCAACCCUACUGAGCUCAUCCUGUACUGCAAGGACUUGCGCAUCAUUAGGUUCUGCUUUGAUGAGGCCGGCCCUGAGAGUGCCAAAAAGGUUUGCCUUGCUAUUGCCCACUAUUCCCAUCCAGCUGAUCUUCAUCUGCUGUUUGGCUUUGAGUAUCAAGGACGACGAUACCAUGAAUUGAAAGAGGCGCGAGUCAAUGGCUCCACCCCUCGAGGAGGAUUACAGACGCCCAUUUUUGACUGCCCAUCAGACUGGGAUCGGGAGAUCAAGAGGACGGGUGCUUCAGAGUGGAGGGUUUGCUCCAUCAAUGAGGGUUAUGCCAUCUCAGCAAGCCUUCCAGAGUAUAUUGUGGUCCCAGUUUCUCUGGCAGAUCAAGAUCUAAAGCAGUGCUCAUCACUCUUCACUGAUAAUCGCAUCCCUCACUGGUGCUGGAAUCACUCCAAUGGAAGCGCUCUUGUCCGCAUGACCAGCAUAAGUGAUCCAUUACACCAGAAGAAGAUUGAGCAGAGGAUCUUCACUGCCAUCACAAAAAGCCACCCCCAACGAAGUGAUGUCGUCAGGUAUGAUCUGGACAAGUGUCUGCCCGCCAUCCAGGACAUCCAGACUGCUUUUGUUAAAAUCAGGCAGAUCUGUGUCAUAGAUCCUUUUGAGGAAUCCGAGGAACGGUGGCUUUCCUCCAUUGAAAACUCACGAUGGCUGGAACACGUCAGGGCCUUUUUGAAACACUCAGCUGAGAUAGUGUACUACCUGGAUGGAAAGAGUUCUUCAGUCAUUCUCAUAGAGGAAGAAGACAGAGACCUGAACUGCGUCGUGUCCUCGCUGGUGCAGCUCAUGUUGGACCCUCACUAUCGCAGCCUCAUUGGCUUUCAGACUUUGGUCCAAAAGGAGUGGGUGAUGGCUGGCCAUCGCUUCUUGGACAGAUGCAACCACUUAAAGAAGAAUGACAAAGAGGAGUCCCCACUGUUCAUGCUGUUCCUGGACUGCGUGUGGCAGAUGAUGAACCAGUACCCAGCAGCAUUUGCGUUCACAGAGGCCUAUCUGACAGUACUGAGUGAUAGCAUGUGGAUCCCACUCUUCAGUACUUUCCUCUUCAAUUCUCCCAAACAGCGUGCUCAGCUCUUAAUGGAUUUUGCCAAGAACAAAGCCAUCCCUCAAGGAGAAGACCAGGUUGUGUAUUUCCCUCCUGUUUGGGACUGGUCACAGCAAUUCUCCACCAAAGACCAAACCCUCUUUAACAACCCCAUGUACAUAGGCAAAGGAGCUGCCUGUGUUCAGAAUGGGGAAGUGAAAACCUUCAGACGCACAAAAAAAACAUACAGUUCCACUUUGCGAGGAACGUCAGCCUCUAUGCGUAACGGACUAAAGGGUGGAGAGGAAACACUGACCCGACGGGGCUCCCUGGCAUCUGAGUUGAAGCCUGAUUUCUCACCAGUGAAAGACGAAAGCCCAUCAGAGCGCUUCUUCAGGGAGUGGUUCUCUCAACCAGCUGACCAGCAGAGCCUCCUGAUUCCACUCCUCAUGCCCUCACACAUGGCUCUUUGGAAGCUCUUCUUUCUUCGCUGGGUCCCUGAAGCCUGCAUUCCCAAAGGAGGCCCCAUCACCACCUAUCACAAGCUCUCCCAACUGGUCGAUGAAAUUGAGACACUGCAGAGCCAGAUCAGGCAGUAUAAAGGACCCAGUCUGGGCAGCACACCACUCCCCAGCCCAAGUGGGCCCCCUUCAGACCAAACGAGGAUGUAUUUUAAGGCCAGUUCACCGAAUGACCCCUCUAUACCUCCAGACUUCCUUACCUCCUCCUUCCCUUUCACCCCGAUGGGAAAUCUGUGCCGCCGCAGCAUCCAUGGGACUCCCAUUAGCAAAUUUCUGAAUGGGGCGAAGAUCUGGCUCUCCACAGAGACUCUUGCUAAUGACACUGUGUGAGGAUGUGGGGCUUUCGGGCUCACUUUUCUGAGCCUAGUACAGGUCUGUUAAACAACUAAUCAUCUUAUUUUCUAUAACCUCUUUCUUAAAUACCAAGAAGGAAAAUGAGAACUAGAAAAACGUCACUUUGGACUUAUGACUUUAAAUUAUUUAUAAGCUAGAAUUUGCACCAUUGAUGCUGCAUCGAAAUAUGAAGUAGUUUCUAAACUGAAGCGUCGGCUAUAGGAUGGAAUCAUUACUGUCCAUUGCAGCUAAGGAAUUCAAAUUCACUGACUUACAUCCUCCUUAUUGACCAGUUGUUUCUGUGAGGCGUCCUCUGACUGUGAAGGAUCAUCGUCUUCAUUAUAGAUGUAUUUUCUUGUCAGCUGUUAUUUUUUGCUGAGCUUACCUGAUGAGAUGAGGUUGAGACACGUUUAAAGCAAUAAUUGAAAUUUAACCAUUUAAGUAAGUGUACAGUAGCAGUUGUAACCGUUGAGUUGUUCUUUCUUUGAACUCUCAUUGGACAGUAAGACUGUAAUCUCGCACUGUAAUGGACUAAUGAUACUUGAAAUUAGAAAUUGCUCGUUUUGACUGCAGCAGCAAUGAUGCAUUUCACUGAACACUGAUUUCCUAGUACUCAAUUUGUUUGUUCCUUCCAGGAAAUUUAAUUAAACAUGUCAUGUUUUCACCUGGGGUUUUUUUUUUUCAGAAAGAGGAAGAGAAAAUAACACUGCUAACAAGUAUUCUACUAUGUGGUUAAAACAAAAGAAGAUCUGCCCUGGUUGAAUGUAAGGAGGGUGGGGAGGGUCUGUUGUUUUUCCUUUUUUUCUUCUUUUUUUUUUUUUUUUUUUUUGCACAGAUUUAAUGCUAUUUGCUCCAGGUGCCCAUAUUUUAAUGUUUGUGUUGGGGUUUUGCUGUAAGUAGCAAAUAGUGUGAUUUCAGGGUCUUACUUUGUAGAUGUACUCUAUUUUUCAAGCAGAGAUAAGGGCCUAUAUUUUUAGUAUCGUAAUGUGGGUGAUACUGAGGGGAAAGUGGAGCUGUGAGGACUUCAAUCUGUGGUAGAUAUUUCCUUUUCUCUUUUGAAGGGGACUUAAUAAACUAUACUACAGGCCUUCUGGUAAGGCACUGAGGAGAAACUGUUCAGAUUAACAGUAACUGAAUGGGUAAUAUUUGAAAGCAAAGGGACAGACAAGGGCUUUGACUCAAACCAGUCCCUGGUUAAGUGCGUAGUGAGCUGGAUUUCAGGCACUGAAGUUACUGAUUCACUAAACACGAUAGUGAUGGGUCGAGUGACACUGUUUCAAGGCAGCACAUGGAAAAACAUCAGCAUUAAAUCAUCUGGACAGCAAGUGUCAUAACUACACCAUGUGUGUAAUUUUGACAUUUCCUAAUGAAAUGACAGUAUGGGUCAGUUAUAGACUCAAUACAAUUUGUAGUGUUACUAGAGAGUGCCUUGAAAGACUGAUAGCAUUAACUGUAUACACUGUUGAACAUACUGUAUGUGGCUAUAGCAAUACUUUUGUAAUACUAUUUCUUGUUUUACUUAUUUUUCUUGGUAAUGCUACUCUGUGUAGAGAAAUUAUAUCAUCGAAAUCAAGCAGUGAUGUUACUGUACUUCCAGUCAGGAUAGCGACGUUGAGGUUAGUCCACAAAUAUGCACCCAGCUGUUAUGUAGCUGUCUAUAAUGAUGAAGUUAGGGGAUUCUCUUGAGAGCUACACUUCCAGUGUGCUGCAAAAAUGUUGGCAUUUGGACCCCCCUUUAAAAAUGUCUCCCUGGGAGGUUUCACUAGCAGCUAAACUAUGGACUGGUUUGAGACCAAUCUGGGGAAGUGGAUCAGUCAUCCAGAGCCCCUUGUAAAAACUGGUAAGAAACUAGCACUGUGUAAUAUCCUAAUGUCUUAAAAUAACAACACAGCAUUUAUUAUCAAAGCUCUUUGUAAUUCUAAACAUAACACCACUGGACAGACUCAGUGUCUGUCCUACUAUUAAGCAGGAGCACUGAUCCUUAGAUGCUAGAGUGACCAGUUUCCAGUGAUAUUCAGAUACACUCAUGAUUAUUUGGCAAUAACUAGUUCAGGUGUUUGUCAUUAUAGAUGUGUGUGAUGUGAGUGCAGACCUGUUCUCCUAAAUGCUAUUCAUUGCACAUUUUAUUCAAUAUAUAGGAUAGUUUGUUUUAAGGUGGUUUUUGAAUAUAAUUUUGGCAAAUAUUAUAAAUACUGUAUAUGCUUGAAAUCUCCCAAUUAAUAUUUUUGAUUAAUGGUACUAAAUAACUUUUAUCUUUGAUUUAGUCUUUUAUAUUUUAUGGAGAGAUAUUUAUAUGCUGUGUUUUUCCACUAAUUCACUGUGUUGCACUCUGCUGUAAUUGUAUGAUGACCGUGUUCCUACCGUGGCACAGUUUGAUAUUGAUUAGCAGCAGAUGUAUUUAUUCAGUUAUGCAAAUGUUCUCCAAGAGGGAUGCAGUUGCCACUGUACAUCCCCAGUGCCUUUUUGGGAAGAUUGACCAUUUUUGUAACUAUAUUCUAAAUCUGUUGACUUAUUUUAGUUUUCUAAAACUGUUGAUUUUUUUUUUUUUUUUUCCAUUUCUGCCAAUCUAGUAAAAUUCAGAGGUACUGCACUGAAGCUGUUUUUCCUAACAGGAAAUAAGGCUCAAAUGUGUACCAGUAACCAAUCAUUACAUUAUUUUUCAAAUGAAA